GCAAGAGGCGCGCUGUCUAAACCUUCAAGAGAUAUAUUGCAUACAAUCCCCCAUUUCAACACAUCAUUCGACCUCCGGAGUAGCGACGAAGAGCUAACGCAAUGCAACACUUUCGAGCAACAUCACUCUUUCAACCUUCCAACUUGGCACAUGCCAUCCGGAAGACCAUGGACCCCUUCAAAGCACCCUCUUAUCUCUUUGGAUCAAUUAUGGCUUUUCCGCAUACCAUGGUUGCUCGAACUAUCGCUGUCUUAGGAAUGGAUUUUGUCAUGGUCGACGCAUUGCAUACUCCUAUCGAUACCGAGAACCUAGUCCGCAUCAUACAGACCAUCAACUUCUGUAGCGAAGGCAGGACAGUCGCCGUUGUGCGGGUCCCGUCUGCACACUCGGAUCUGCUAACGCACGCCCUUGACGCAGGUGCAGCAGGAAUUAUCUUCCCACAUAUUGACACCGCCGAGCAAGCCGCCGAAGCUGUUUCCAAGUGUCGAUACGCGACCUCUGGUGGAGACAGGUCUCUAUCGCCAUGCGCAUUAGUCUCUGGAAUUACGGAUACAGCUCCACAAGGACUGACACAUGAUAGAGUGGCUGAUAGUCACAUAGCUGUCAUAUGCCAGAUUGAGAGCCAGCUUGCAAUGGAAAAUGCAGACGCUAUCGCAGCCACACAUGGCGUAGAUUGCCUCAUGCUAGGCCCGGGAGACCUUCGCCUCUCAUUGGGUCUUCCUGCUCGGAAGUUCGGUCAACGCGACGACCCGAGAUUUCUUGAAGCCGUCAAUCGACUUGUUGAGGUGAAACAUCGACACGGAAAGCCUUUGAUGACCGUAUCCUUCAAGAUCUCGGCAGAAGAGGAUUCGUGGAUACAGCAUUUCAACCUGUUACUAGCCACUGCAGAUUUUGUAGACGUGGUCAAAGGUCAUCAAACUGCUUUGGAGACGAUUAAAGGUACCCUUGCGGGUCUGAAUGAGAGGCUGCCGCCACCCAUGGAUGUUGACGAGAAGAUCAAGGGACGUCGCGAUAGUCACGAGGAAUGAGUUUGAUGCAGUCAUUUGUACUCCGAGUUUCAAACUCUUAAUCCUUCCUCUAGUCGGAAGUGUCUGAGAGUCUAUCUAUUAAUGCAUCUACAAACC